AUGCUGUGUUUAGGUGACGAUGAAGAUAUUGAAGAAGAAGAAGUGGAAGAAAAAGAAAAUUCUAAUCCAUCUGUUGAUCCAAAUCGACCUUCAUUAAAGACUAUUCUUACACGAUUGGAAUCAUCUGAUGAAUCGGUACAAAUACAACCAGCAGAACAAAAUGGUCGAACUGAAUGGUUUAAUUCUUCACAUCCAGUUCAAUUUGAUUCUGAACUUGAAAUGCUUUGUUCUGGUGCAUUUGGUGGAGAAAAUAUCAUUCCUCCAUCGCAAAAUUGCAAAAGUGUUGAACCGAUAGCUUUUUCUCCAUUACCGAUAACACAAAUUGAAGAAGAAGAACCGGAUAUUGAAGUACGACGUACAAAAGUUCGACAAUUGAUUGAUGAUGAUGAUGACGAUGAAGAUGAAAAUGGUUCAAAUAAACCAUUGAGUAGUGGAAGUAAUAAUGUCGAGGAAAGCGAAGAAGAAAACGAAGAAGAAGAAGAACAACAACAACAGCCAGAAGAAGAUCUAGAAGACAAUGAAGAAUUAGUUGAUUAUAAAAAACAACUAUUUGAAAUGGAAGCUGAAGAAUCAGGAAGUGAAGUUGAUGAAAAAGAAAAAGAUAAAGAUAAAGAUGAUGAAAGUGACAGUGAUGAAGAUGAAGAACCAGAUGAAGAAUUACAACAUUUUAUUGAUACAGCAGCUAUUGAAAUAGAUGAAGAUGAAGCCGAUAAUAUGGCUAAAGUACAUUUAAAAAUCAAAGCUAAAGAAGAUGAACAACAAUUAAAAUUACUUAAAGAACAAUAUCUUGAUUUUGAUGGUGACGAUGAUGGAAGAAGAAUAAAAAUUUCAAAAGUACCGAUAGAUGAUGAUGAUAAUAAUGAUGAAGAUGAUGAUCCUGAUUAUAAUAGUGAAGCAGGAGAAGAAGACGAAGAUGAUGAUGAAGACGAUGAUCCAAUAAAUUUAAAAGAUCGAAUGAGUGAAUUGGAACGACAACGUUCACUACAAGAUAAUCAAGCCGAAGAACUUCAUCUUAAUGAAGAUUUAGAUAGUAUCGGUCAAAAUAGUUCUAUGUUUCAAAAAGGUCUUGCACUUAAGCAGAAAAAACUUCAAAGUACAACUACAACACAUAUUGAAUCAACUACUCAAAUAAUAACCGAUUCGAAUACUAAAAAAAUGAAUCAAACUCGUUCUGUCACUCUUAGUUCUGUUCUAUUAGCUAAACGAUUUAGUUCAACACUUUUAGCACCAGUUCAUAGAAAUAAUACAACGGUAGCUAAUCUAAAUAAUACCGAUGAAACAACAAUAACAACAAAAAAACAACAUAAUCCUCGACGACAUGUUUUUUCAACAAAUUUAACAACAGUUGGUGCAAAUGAAAAUCAAAAUCCGGUCCAAUCAACAACACCAGCUGGUGAAAAACGAGCAAAUUCAGCUGAUAAAUCUCCGAAAACUAAUAUUAAAAGAUUUAAACAAUCAACAACAAUUGCAACAAAAACAAGUGAAUCUUCAACCAGUGUAUUUUCUGCUUUAGCAUUUUCGAAUACACGUCAUUAA